AUGUCAUCCUUUGAUGACAGUUUCGAUGACGACGAUGAUGACCUCAUAUUACAGCUCAGUAAAAGGCCCCCAAGGUUAACACAGACUCAAACACAAUCACACCUGCCCUCUCAAGUGGAUGAAAAUCAGGCCACUCCAUCAAACCAAGCUACUUUGGAAACUGAACUGAUUAAAGCCCAAGGUGAAACUAGUAUCCUUCGAGAUAAGCUACAUUUCCUAGAUAAUGAAAGAAAACGAGAGAAAGAGUUGCAGAUCAAUCACGAUGAAGACAUUAGGGCUUCACAUAAACGUGAACUCGAACAGUUGAGGCUGGAAUUGCAAAACUUGGAAGAUGAGAAGAAGUUUCUCCUCGUGGAGGUUCGAAAGGCCUCAUCUGCUAGCAGAUCGCGGACAUCUGUCGCUUCCUCCUACGUAGAUCCUUCAUCCUCAACCGAUGAAGUCACUGCCACUGACAUUACUCCGGUAAUCGGUAAGAAGCCUAUAAAGAAACGUAAGAUCAAAGAGCCCACAAAAAAGAAUUACAUCUUAGUGAGUAGCAGGUCAGUACCCGAUGAAUCUGGUCAGUUGUUCGACUUCCUCAUGAUGCAUAAGAUACAGGGUGUCGAUAUGAGUACAAUUGAAAUUCUGAACCGCCUGAAACUCGAUUACGUUGAGAAAUUUACGUUCAAGGACUUUUCUGUUUCAAAAGGAGAUUCUAUUGGAAAAUCAAUAGUAGAGUUACUGCUACGGUGCAAGAAGAUAAUGAGUCUAGAUAAAUUUGUGGGACUAUUACUGGAAACAUUGGCAUUGCUCGUAAAAGAAAUUACAGUUAAUAAAAAUGAAUCCAAGAUUGCUGUACCCUUUCUCGUGGUUAUAAUGUAUCAAACAAUAAUAUUCAGACCAAGUGCUGUUCAGCAAACUGACUUGACUAACCUACUUCACUUUAUCUGCGAUCUCAUCCAGGCAUUUCAGAAAAUUUUAAAGCGACCGCUACACGAAUCAACAUUUGGUUGUGAUUUGGAGCCACAAAUCUUUCAAUAUGAAUUUAUCGACAUCCUUGUAAUAAUAUACUCUUAUGAUACACUGGAGUCUUCACUGAGAAUAUUAAGAACUUCGUCGGCCUCGCUUUACCGUGAAGUACUGACUCCACGGUUACUAAAGUCUAUCGAGUAUGCAUACAAACUCGCAAUAACGAGUUCGUAUAAACCAGUUACGAAUGUCGUCUUCAACGCAGUGGAAGUGCUGAACCUCUUAUCAAGCAUGAUGCUGUGUUCACCUAUCAAACUUAAUUCUCAAUGGUGGAAGGAUUGCAUCACGAGGCUCUACAACACGUUGAGUAAAGGAAUCGACACUUAUAGUCUCUUUCAAGAGGAGGACUUUGACGUGUUUUGUUUCUCUAAGUUUCAUGACAUCUUUGGGCUGAUAAGAAAUGUGGGAACUAAUGCGGCAGGUCGUCUGAUACCGCAACUCAUUCACGAGGAUCAAUUACAAGCGCUGCCGAGAGUGAUAUUGAAAGAUGAUACUUUAGAGAACAACGAAUAUCAAAACAGUCACAGUACCGGGAUCAAUUUAGAGAGCUGGCUUCUACAAUUAAAGGAUAAUAUUCUGAACUUAUUAGAUAACCUUAUCGCCUUGUUCCCCGAAGACACGGGUAUUGUUAAUGGAGAAAUGAUGAUUCAAUUAACCAAGAUGAUGUCUAUGGAACAAGAGUUAAUACUGCAAAGACUAUUGGGUCAGGAUUCACCGAAUUUAUCAUUGCGUUGUCAUCUAAUUGAACACUCUCUAGCAAUCAUAUACCGCUUAUGGAUGGACCAUCCUAAGCAGCUAACGAAUCAACAAGUGAAAGAAAUCGAAAGUGAACUAGUAACUUCACUUUGGAGAUUUAUUGCAUCUCGAGAUCACAGCAUCGACGCCGCGGAAAUUCGUGAGAACCAGUUAUUGGUAAAUGAGAUGGGCGGCCUAAAGAUCGAUCAUCGAAACAAGUUUUACGAUGACGCCUUUGAAUCUAUGCCCGCAUACAUGGAAGAAGAAGUCUUACGAGAAAUAGAUGAUCAAACCUCAAAGAUAAUGCAGAUCAAAUACGGCGAAACCUACCAGCAAAUGGCACGCACAAUUCUCGAGUGCAAAUUGGAUACAAUCAUCUCGAUAGAAGGUAUGGAUUGUCUUUACGUAGCAAUGGGUAAAUAA